AUUACUGCCUUUUAUGAAAGUGAAGUAGUUUAUAUACGUCGUAUAUGCGAUUAUUCAACAGCUUUGUAACAUUCGAUUAAUUCGAUUGUUUCAUAAUUCGUUUAAGUUAAAUUCGUCGGUAGCAGUGAAGUGAAUUUUUUUUGAAUUGAAUAAAUUUAUAUCGGAUAUUAACACGUUGAAAUAUGUUUAAUUGAAGAUCAAUACAUAUUUACAUAUGAAUAUUUUGAUGAUCGAAGGGCAAUGUUUACUCAACAUCGAGUUUUUCUAUUCUAAAAUUUAUCCGUUUUUAAGAAGUCGUUGGACACUAACGCCGCAUAGCGUUAAAAAUCAUAAGUACACGUUCAGUAGUUAAAUUAGGUUCAGCACCUGUUCAAAAUUUUAUCAGUUAUACGUGAUUUAAUAUUUCCUCAUUGAUUUAAACAAUAGAAUUUUUAAAUAUCUGAUCUGUCCAUUUGUAAAUUAUUUUAUUUAAUGUGCUGUCAAAUUUUUUUUAUAUCUGUCCAUAAAAAUGCAUACUAAUAUACGACUUUAUUUAUUUCUUUUCUAUUUCAAUUUAAUUGUUUUUAUUCGUUCGGAAAAAAACGAAAGUGUUUUUGUACCAUCACGUGAAUGGCAAACCAUUAAAAAAGGUGAACCAAUACCAGGAGGAUUACAUGUACGACAUAAUUUUCAAACUGGAGUUACGGAAGCUAAAUUGAUGGAUGACGAGGAAACAAAGGAAAAAGAUUUUAAUGAAAAUACCAAUCAAUCUCAUUCAAAAUCGUUGAUAUUACACCCGGACAAAACAUUGCUGAAAUCAGAAGAUGAUGAAUCUGUGAAAUCUACAAAAACUAAAGAAUCGGAAACAUUAAAAGUUUCGAUUAUGGAAUUAAAAGCUAGAUUGAAGAAGAUUAAAGAAAGCGUUACUGAUUUAACAUCUGAAAUAAAUGAAGAAAGUACGCAGGCAAAAGUGAUGCAGAAAAUGAAAGCUUAUGAAACAUUGAAAGAAGAAUUGAAAUUGGCCAAAGUUAAUAUUACCACAGAUGCCGAGAUUUUGAAUAAUUUAUUCAAGAAAUUUCAAUUAUACAAAGAUCCCAUGCGUACAUCUUCUUUAUUGAAUAUAGAAAUUGAAAUCAUUUUGGAUAUACUUAAUGGUUUUGAAUAUUUGAUCCAUCAAAUCGACAUUGCUCGUUUAUUUGCAGAUAUGGAAGGGAUAAGUAAUAUUAUAUUACCAUGUCUGAAUAGUACGUACAAUGAAAUAAAAGCAGAAGGGUUAAGGCUUUUAGGUGCUGCUGUUCAAUCUAAUCCAAAAGUACAAGCGAAAGCAUUAGAAAAAGAUUUGAUACAGAAACUUCUACAUAUAUUAUCAACAAAUAGUAAAAUUUUGGUAAAGUCCAGAUGUCUUUUUGCAUUGAGUGCCUUAGUACGUCAGUUUCCUGCUGCUCAGAAAGCUUUGUUUGAUCAUGGUGGUUUAGAAAUUUUUGGAAAGAUCUUGAGCAAUAAUCAGUUACAAACACAAUUAAAAGUUAUGAAACUUAUUAAUGACUUGAUCGUCGAAAGGCAAGAUAUAGAAAAAAUUUCUGAUAUUAAGAAACGUGAUGCAAAAGCAAAAGAAUAUGCUACCACAGAUUUUGAACAAAAGUUAUUAAUGCAUGGAUAUUGCAAAUAUUUAAAUGAUUUAAUGAUCAAAAGUUUCAAGUAUGAACUUCGUGAUCAAAAUGAAAUUGACAAUUAUGAAUUAUUAGAAGUUGUAAGUGAAAGUAUGAUUAUGAUUAAUCCCAUAUGUAAAAACGAAAUUUAUAUCAAACAUAUACUCCUAAAAGUUAUAAACGACGUGUUAAACCAUUAUCAAAAUUUAACUGGUAGUGUAGAAUUAGAUGACGCCGACAUAAUCAAUAAUCAGAUACAACUAAUUAAAAAAUUGAAGGGAGUCCUUGAAUUGUCGUUGCAUGAAGAAUUGUAAAUAACUUUGAUGGAGUUUGUAUACGAGAUAGAAUAUAAUUAUGUAUCAUAAAUAAGUUUAACACAGGGAAAGAGAAUACCAUUUUCUUAUUAAUAUUUAAUGGUGCAAAGCAGUGACCCUUGUAAAACAGAACAUGAAAUUGUGAUCCUGAAACAAAAGAUUUAUCAUUAUGUUUUAUAUCUACAAAAAUUAUAAUGUAUUAUAAAGGCUGUAAAUAGGUUAUUAUUCUAUGUGACUGAUUAUUUUAUAUAACGUAAUUCGUAUAGUCUAAAUCAAAACAAGUUUAUAAAAACAAAAACAAUAUAUAUUAUUUAUUUUCAAUUUGAAAUUUCUUAUAAACGUGUUUUGAUUAUAGACCAAUGUAAAAAAAAUGUACUAUACAAUACACACACACGCACACGCAUAUAUAUAU